AUGGCGCUGCCAAAGAGAAUUGUGAAAGAGACAGAGCGGUUGAUGGCUGAACCUGUACCGGGAAUAAGUGCUGUACCGCAUGAAGAUAACCUGAGGUACUUCGACGUGAGCAUACAUGGCCCGUCGCAGUCACCGUACGAAGGAGGCAUUUUCAAGCUUGAGCUCUUUUUGCCAGAUGACUAUCCUAUGACACCUCCCAAGAUUCGAUUUUUGACCAAGAUCUACCAUCCCAAUAUUGACAAGCUUGGUCGUAUCUGUCUGGACGUCUUGAAAAGCAAUUGGUCACCAGCUUUGCAGAUCAGAACCAUCCUUCUCUCAAUACAGGCUCUGUUGGGCGCUCCAAAUCCGGAUGAUCCUUUGGCAAACGACGUAGCACAGCGAUGGAAGGAAGACCAGGAGGCUGCUAUCCAAACGGCGAGAGAAUGGACCCGGAAUUAUGCCGCGCCGUCAUGA